AUGAGCGGGGCCCCCUGCCACCCUGUGUGUGGCCCUCCCCCGGGCGGCGGUGCCCCUUGGCACCUUCAAAAUGUCCUCAGCGACUCCGUGGAGAGCUCGGAUGAUGAAUUCUUUGAUGCCAGAGAGGAGAUGGCUGAAGGGAAGAAUGCCAUCCUCAUUGGGAUGAGCCAGUGGAAUUCAAAUGACCUGGUGGAGCAGAUCGAGACCAUGGGGAAACUGGAGGAACAUCAAGGAGAAGGGAGCGCGCCGUGCACGUCUAGCAUCCUGCAGGAGAAGCAGCGAGAACUGUACCGGGUUUCCUUGAGAAGACAGAAGUUCCCAGCCCAGGGAAGCAUCGAGAUCCACGAAGACAAUGAGGAAGGCUGCCCACAGCGCUCCUGCAAGACGCACGUCCUUCUGCUCGUGCUGCACGGGGGGAACAUCCUGGACACGGGCUCAGGGGACCCCUCCUGCAAGGCGGCCGACAUCCACACCUUCAGCUCUGUGCUGGAGAAGGUCACACGCGCCCACUUCCCCGCGGCCCUGGGCCACAUCCUCAUCAAGUUCGUCCCCUGUCCUGCCAUCUGCUCGGAGGCUUUCUCGCUCGUCUCCAACCUGAACCCCUACAGCCACGAUGAGGGCUGUCUCAGCAGCAGCCAGGACCACGUCCCUCUGGCCGCCCUGCCCCUGUUGGCCAUCUCCUCCCCGCAGUACCAGGAUGCGGUUGCCACCGUCGUCGAGCAAGCCAACCAGGUCUACGCAGAGUUCCUCAAUUCCCCAGAUGGGAUCGGCUUCAGUGGGCAGGUGUGUCUCAUCGGGGACUGUGUGGGGGGCCUCCUGGCCUUCGAUGCCAUCUGUUACAGUGCGGGGCCCGCGGGUGACAGCCCUGGCAGCAGCAGCCGGAAGGGGAGCAUCAGCAGCACCCAGGACAGCCUGCUUGUGGCGGAGGAGGAGCGCAGCCUGGCCGGCAGCAAGCGUCUCAGCAAGAGCAGCAUUGACGUCUCCAGCGUGCUGGAGGAUGAGGAGCCCACGAGGCCGUUGCCACGGAAACAGAGCGACUCCUCCACCUAUGACUGUGAGGCCAUCACUCAGCAUCAUGCCUUCCUGUCAAGCAUCCACUCGAGCGUGCUGAAGGAUGAGGCUGAGCCCCCUGCAGCCGGGGGGCCCCAGCUCCCCGAGGUCAGCCUGGGCCGCUUGGAUUUCGAUGUGUCUGACUUCUUCCUCUUCGGCUCGCCCCUGGGCCUGGUCCUGGCCAUGCGGAGGACGGUGCUGCCUGGGCUGGACGGUUUCCAGGUGCGUCCUGCCUGCAGCCAGGUCUACAGCUUCUUCCACUGUGCAGACCCCUCUGCCUCACGGCUCGAGCCACUGCUGGAGCCCAGGUUCCACCUGGUGCCGCCCGUCAGCGUGCCCCGCUACCAGAGGUUCCCACUGGGCGAUGGACAGUCCCUCCUCCUCGCCGAUGCCCUGCACACCCACAGCUCCCUCUUCCUGGAGGGCAGCUCCCAGGGCAGCCCACCGCUUCUCGACGCCCCUGCCUCGCCCCCUCAGGCCCCGAGGUCCCAGCGCCUGGGACGGAGGAUGAGCCAGGGCAGCUCCCACAGCGAGAGCUCAGAGUCCUCGGACAGCCUGGCACCCGUGGGCGCCUCCCGCAUCACGGCCAAGUGGUGGGGCGCCAAGCGCAUCGACUACGCCCUGUACUGCCCGGAUGUCCUCACAGCCUUCCCCACGGUGGCACUGCCCCACCUCUUCCACGCCAGCUACUGGGAGUCCACGGACGUGGUGGCCUUCAUCCUGAGACAGGUGAUGCGCUACGAGAGCGCGAACGUCAAGGAGAGCACUGGCUUGGAUCCUGCAGCGCUGAGCCCCGCUAACCCCCGUGAGAAGUGGCUUCGUAAGAGGACCCAGGUCAAGUUGCGGAACGUCACUGCUAACCACCGGGCCAACGACGUGAUUGCUGCCGAGGACGGCCCCCAGGUCCUGGUGGGGCGGUUCAUGUACGGGCCCCUCGACAUGGUGGCUCUCACCGGAGAGAAGGUGGACAUCCUGGUGAUGGCAGAGCCGUCCUCGGGCCGCUGGGUGCACCUGGACACGGAGAUCACCAACAGUAGUGGCCGAAUCACCUACAGCGUGCCGCGGCCCCGGCGCCUGGGGGUCGGUGUCUACCCCGUGAAGAUGGUCGUCAGGGGCGACCAGACCUGCGCGACGAGCUACCUCACGGUGCUGCCCCGGGGCAUGGAGUGCGUGGUGUUCAGCAUCGACGGGUCCUUCGCGGCCAGCGUGUCCAUCAUGGGAAGUGACCCCAAGGUCCGGCCGGGGGCAGUGGACGUUGUCCGGCACUGGCAGGACCUGGGCUACAUGAUCCUCUACAUCACGGGGCGGCCGGACAUGCAGAAGCAGCGGGUGGUGUCGUGGCUGUCCCAGCACAACUUCCCACAGGGCAUGAUCUUCUUCUCGGACGGGCUGGUGCACGACCCUCUGCGGCAGAAGGCCAUCUUCCUCCGCAACCUCAUGCAGGAGUGCUUCAUCAAAAUCAGCGCGGCCUAUGGCUCCACGAAGGACAUCUCCGUCUACAGCGUGCUGGGCCUGCCACCCUCCCAGAUCUUCAUCGUGGGCCGGCCCACCAAGAAGUACCAAACCCAGUGCCAGUUUCUGAGCGAGGGCUACGCCGCGCACCUGGCCGCGCUGGAGGCCGGCCACCGCUCGCGUCCCAAGAAGAACAACUCGCGCAUGAUCCUGCGCAAGGGCAGCUUCGGCCUGCACGCGCAGCCCGACUUCCUGCGGAAGCGCAACCACCUGCGCAGGACCAUGUCGGUGCAGCAGCCCGAGCCGCCAGCCAACCCCAAGCCCGAGCGGGCCCAGAGCCAGCCCGAGUCCGACAAGGACCACGAGCGGCCCCUGCCCACGCUCAGCUGGGCGCGUGGGCCCCCCAAGUUCGAGUCGGUGCCCUGAGGGCCGAGCUGUGCGCAGAGUAGAGGGGCCCUACCAGGCUGCCUGCAGGGACGGCAGGGGCUGCCUUCUCCCCGACACAGGCCUUUUCCUGCUUUUUCCCUCCCGUGUCUGUCCAGCAGUGUCCGACCAGAGCGGGGAGGGACCCUGCCCAGCCCUGGGGGGUUCCCUGGGCUGCGAGGGGGGGAGAUCCAGGGGUCUCGGCGCAGCUGCUGCUGCCUGCCCCGUGCCUGUGACUGCAGGCCCGAGUCAGGGUCGAUGUUUGUGUGGUCCUGGGGGCAGGCCAGCCCGGAGCUGGAGGCUUUGACAAAGUCGACGGUCGUUCUGAGUUGCUGAGGCUUCAGCAGCGAUGCUAGGCGGGCCCCGAGGGAGAAGCCACCAGACUAGGGCUCAACAGGACUGGCAGGUACAGCUUCUUGGCCGUCUGGUGGAGGGGCCAGUGGCAUUUGUGCCUGCCCUCCCUGUGACAUCCUGGGUCACCAUGUUGGGCCUGGCUCUCUUAUGACAAAGUGGCCACUUUCUGGAGUGAGAAGAUGUCCCCUGGGCUCAUCCUAUGUUCGCUGUGUCUGUCCACGGCCCGGGGGGUGGGGUGGGGUCUGGUGCUGACUGUCUGUCCUCCUGCAGCUGUCCAUUAUCCCCCCUUCCUGUGCUCAGUAUCCUCACCCUCCUCCCGUGGCCCCUGAGGACAGGCGUUCCUCUUCCUGGAGUCCUGCCUGGUGCCCUCCCUUGUGAGGCUGUGGCCUUGGCCUCUGGCCUAGCUGGGCUGGCUACGAGCCCUUGAGCCUGUUGCUUGCCCUCUCUGGGCCCUGCCUUCCUUAUGUGAUUGGAGGGGGUCUCCCCAGCUGAGAUUGGUGCGAGUUUUUGACUCCUAGUCUGUCCUGCACUUCUGCCCCCUGAGGCUUUUCAGGACAAAGAGCCCCUCGGAGUGUCCAGUGAUCUGUACCUUCCACACUGUCUGAGAGAGGGGCUCUAGGUGGGCCGGGAGGGGGCAGCUAUUGCUCCACCGCUUCAAAGGA